AAUACUUGUUUGAUAAAAUCAAUUCAUUUGUAGACGGGUAAGCUUUGUUAUAAUGGCUUAUACUGUGCCCGUCUCAUCUAAGUAAUUAAGUUUUUGAUAUAUAUUAGAUUAUUAUGGAGCAGAACAAGCAUGACGAGGAGUUUUGUAGCGAUGAUAAUAGUAAAUUACCUUCUUUAUCUGCAAAAUAUCCAUGGUUUGUCGUUCAGAAUCUUCAAGACCUUACUCACCAGUUUUUCUCCACCCUUCACAACCCGUCCCUUAAGUAUCAGUGUCGAAUCCCUGAGUUGUCCGGGAGACGUAUCCAAGGCUGUUUCCAUGGUUGGAUCAUUCUCUCAAACCAUCCGCACAAUGAUAUUUGGUCUCUUUGGAAUCCAUCAUCCAAUUCCAGGAUUAUAUCUCUCCCUCCCUUAAUUCUGAAAGACGAGGAUUAUGAUUCUAUUGCAGAAUGUUGUUUGUCUGCUCCUCCCGAUGAUCCAAAUUCAGUUAUCCUGUUAACUAGAACCAAUAAGCCUACUUUUGUCUUUUGUCAACUAUCUCCCAAAAGAAUUAAAAGCCUAAGAAAGAAGCCAAGAUGGACCGAGAUGUCAUACGCUUACCAGCUCAAGAGAAUAACCUGGGAUGGUCUUCAACUACAUAGUCUAACUUGUUGCAAUGGUCAAGUAUAUGCUUUAUGUACUGAUAACCAAAUUACUCAUAUUGCCAUAGAAAUUGCAAUUAUAGUGAAGGAUAGAGAAGUUGUGAUACAACUACUAGCAUUUGGGGCAUGCCCUACUCCUCUUUCAUUCCGUUGUUUCAAGCAGCUUUCUUUUCUGACAGCAACUUGUAAAGAGAUGUUCUACAUUAUAGUUGGUUUUCAUACGGAUUCUGACAAAAUACCUUAUGGUGUAUAUUUGUUUAAAUUAGAAAUGACUAGUGUAAAUUGGGAAGACUUGGAAUGUCUCAAGCACUGGGAUAUGACUCGUACGGAAGGUUUGGAAACAGAAUAUUGCCAUGACUUGAAAAUUACUCAUGAUUUGUGGGAAGAAGUGAAAGACCUUAAAGACGGCAUAUUUGUUGUGGAUCUUACUCGUGAGAACUUGGAAUUUUACAACCCUGUAAUUGCAUCAGAGUUGGGGGGAUAUAUACACAUUCAAGACAAAAUGGACAAAGUAAUAUAUUCGUAUCAACUCAACAAUGAAACCAUCAGUGCAUCUCCUGUGCCUUCUUUUGUGCUGCCAACAAGCCACAUGUCUAUGUGGGAGUGCAGGUUAGAAGAUGACCAUAAAGAGGCCAAGUUCAUGGUUGAUUCCAAACAAGGUAAGGAUGAGAUAGUGGGUACCUUGAUUACGGACAAUGAUAUUGAUGUUAUUGAAUCCAAGCUACUUGAUUUUCCAUUUGAUGUUCUGGAGAUGAUAAUGAAGUUUUGUGUUGGCGUGGAAUACUUGAACUUUCGUGCUACAUGUAAACGUUUGAAUCGAGCAGCACCUGUCAUACAAUGGCGCAACCAAGUAGCAUUACAUGAUUAUUCAUCAGUUUCACCUUGGCUGAUGGUUGUUGACCAAAUUCGAGACAUUAUUACUUUCACAGAUCCAAUGAUGGGUGACAACUACUUUAUGAGAAGUACACAGUUGUUAUCGAUUUCUGAUGAAACAAUAUAUUAUUCUAGGUUUGGCUGGUUGCUGUUUACGACUAGUGAUUACACCCCAGCGUUUUUUAACCCCUUUACAAAUGAUCUCCGCCUGCUUCCAAAGACGGGUUUAUGCAUGUCAACCUAUUGUUUCUCACACCCGCCUACUUCCCCUGAUUGUAUGGUUGUUGGAUUUGCACAUGAAAAAGUUCUCAUCCAUUAUGUAGCCCGAGAACCAAGCUGGCAUUUGUUUGAUCUAGAUACCGAGUCACAGUUUCGUUCUAUUUGUUAUCUAACAUUCCAUGAAACAGAUCUUUAUGCCUUGUACGAGACAGGAGAACUUAUGGUUUUCAAAGAUCUGGGUGAAGAAGAUAUCUCUUGGGAAAUUCUUAAGACAGAUGCCCCUAGAAGUUGUAGCGAAUCUCCGGCACAAUAUUUUUUGGUGAAAGGUGACCAACAUCUCUUACUAGUUGUUAUGGGUUCGUUUGGAAAACUCAUAGAGGUAUUCAAGCUGAAUGAUUCUACACAAGAAUGGGAAAAAGUAAACGGUUUAGGAAGGCACAUGAUUUAUUUAUGUGAUACAACAUGCCUAUGCAUUGAAGCCAAAACACCAGAAAUGGAGAACAAGAUCUUCCUUGCACAGUUGAGUUCUGGAACCAAGAAGAUUGUGUUUUAUUCUCUUGAAACAUGCACGUUUCAUACAUUCAAUGGCAAAAGCAUCCAGAAAAAAGUAGAUAUCGUCCCAACUAGAUAUGUUUGUGCUCAUACUUGGAUUGAACCAAGUUGGUCUCUUCACUACCCCCCAAAUGAAGAAGAGGAAUAAAAGCUCGGGAGUCGCACACAAGGCUCUCUCAUAAUGUGAUCAAAUGUAUUCUAAUAAAGCAUUCAACUAGGUGAAGUCAUUCUCAUUUUUUGAAGUAAGCUCUCUGUUCGGACCAGGGGGCUAAGUGCAUUAUAUGUAUUAUUUUUUUGCUUUGUAACAACAUUGUAGGGCAUUUUAAACUUGUUGCUUCUUUUUUAUCUUUCAGUUAUAUUAUUAUUAUGUAUCCUUGAUAAA